AUGGAGAAACCACAGAUGUGUGAUGCGGAGAUAAACACGCCAAUCUACAAGGAGGGAUGUGAAACAGGACCAGCUACGGAUGGAAACCCCAGUGAAGCUGCACUCAAGCUGAAGACCAGUCUUAUUGAGGCUGAAAGGCUUCUUCAAGCAAUUAAGAUGGACUUCAGGAAUCUUCAGAUACUCGCGAACGAUGAGUGUGCGUCGGCAUGA